GCAAACCUACCAGCUCAUCUUUAUUGAUCAGACUUGGCAACUACGUUGGGGUGGCACGUGCCUUCGAAAUGACAUCGAUCGAAGUGAGGGAUUGGACGCCGGAGUACUAUGUCGCGAAUCAGUCAAACUGCCAGCAGAUUCUAGAAGGCUCAGACGUACUGACGGAAAUACCUUUGUUGAACGACACUCGGUUGCACGACAUCAGAGACAAACAGUUGGUCAGAUUCCGAGGGAUGAUCCAGGAUAUGUACAACCCUGAGUAUUACUUCAAGAAAUACGAGGUGAAGAACACGGAUACUGGCGAGAGUGACGUUAGAUGCGGCAUGUACGCGGACACGGCUCGAUGUCUGCCACACGAAGAGAUAGCGUUGUACUCGAACAAGAAUGAAAACUCGGAGAGGCAAACUUACAUUGUAAUCUCUGUACCCGGGUUGAACGACUGGGCGAAGGAAAAGAGCACGAAUACCCGGCCGCCUGAUGCAGCGGCAUGCAGUAGUAGCGUCGGUAAAAGGAGUUUGGAUAACGACUCGGAGGAGAUGGACUGCUCGGAACCUGUUACGAAAAAGGAGAAAGUCUCGGCGGACAACAAUGACGUGGACAUGAGCGAUGCUCAUUGUAGUACGAAAGUUGAAAAUGUGUUGUCAGAGGAUCACAUAUUGAACUUUCCGAUCCCGAUCGAUGGGGGAAAAGCUUGUAUAAUAAAGGUUUACGACGGGACCAUCUUAAAACUGAACCAGGUGAUCGAUGUGAUAGGAUUUAUAUCGUUGGAUCCAGCAUUGAGUACAAUUCACGGUUCAGACGACGAGAUGAACGAGGCCGAAAUACAUACUCAUAAUCCACCGGCCUCCUUGGUGCCGCGGUUACACGCGGUAAAGAUAAUUGAGUUCACAAUACCAAAAAUUGUAAACGCUCCGGAAAUUAUGUCUAAGGCGCAGCUCAUCAGGAGUGAUUUGCACAUAGUGUUGAGUCAAUUGCUGUUUGGAGAUAAUUUAGCUGCGGAUUACCUGAUAUGUCACCUGCUUUCUACAAUAUACAUGAGGAGAGAUUAUUUUUGCCUCGGUACAUUUCCGUUGAACAUAACAAAUUUUCCAGCGAGUAAACUCAAGACCUUCCCGAAGGAGUUUUAUAACUUUCUGACAUUACUCGUACAGAAAAGCCACUUUUUGGAGAUGACUUUGGAAAAUUUUAAUGAACUGUCUUUGAUCCCGAAGAAGGAUUACGAAUGUAACAGACUGACAAGUGGAAUUCUUCAGCUAAGCAACAAUACGCAUCUUGUGUUGGACGAGACGAGCUUAACCACUGGUACACUUACUGCAACUGGCAAGGAAAACUAUAAAGCUCUUUCGGAUCUACUUAUGUUUCAAAAACUGACGUACGACUUCAAAUAUUACACAAUAGAAUAUGAAAAGGACAUUCCAAUUCUAAUCUUUUCUGAUGUAAAAUCGUUCAUUCCUUGUCCCAUGCAAAUUAUUUUAAAUGUCGAUGCGGACUCGGAAAAUUUAUACAGUCAGGUAGUUAAAGCUGCUCAUCAAUAUUUGGAAGAUGAGAAUCGCUUGACGAAUAUUCGUCAGUACAUAGAGGCUUUGAGGCACACGGAAUUUGUUUUUAACGAAGAAAUCACAAAAAUUAUCCAAGACGAUUUUGUGAAGAUGCGCAGUGCAAACAAGAAUAUAGAUGCAGACAAUCUACACGCAUUGAUGGUUUUCGCAAGAUUGAUGGCCUUGUCUCACGGACAAACGUCGCUGGAUGCAGAAUGCUGGAAGAAAACUGUGCAAUUGGAAAUGGAAAGAAUGAGUAGGCUGCCACAGCGCGGAAGGUAAUCGUUGGGGCCCAGGAAAUAAUUAUAAUACCGAGUGUACACCAAAUCGUACGAUACUAUUGCAAAUAUUUAUUUUCUAUGUAUCAUUGUAAUUAUUUCACUAAUGAUAUAAAAGUUGUAUACCAUUUUAUAUAUAUAUAUAUAUAUAUAUAUAUAUAUACAUUUUUAUACUGUUAAUUACUCUAUGAAACAGGACGGAAGUUUAAUAUUCACCUUGUAUUUACACAAGCAAAGAUCAUAUAGUUAUAUUUUAGCAAAUAAAAUUUUACUAAUAAGUAUCAUGCGCUUUAUAGAAUGUUGCUUGCCAUGUAUGUACAUCGGCUACAAUCCAUUUCGCAAAUUCUAAAGUUCAGACGUACGUCCUUCUUUAACUUAUCCGAAAUGGAACUAGCGUAUACAUCAAUAUAUUGUCUCUAUUUCUUUGAAAAUAUUUCCCAGCAGAAAUAUUCUCAAAAAUGUUAUUCUUUCCAUGUGUUGGAUGUGAGACGGUCGUGUACAUAUACAAUACGUAGUGCAUGUAUGUGCAGAAACCUAUUGAACAUUGGAAGCUCAAAGCAUUUGGAGUAAUUCACAUAUUUUGUAGAUUUAUUUCUGCGGUAAAUUUAUUUCUACAUGGACAAAUAUUGGAAUAAAUACGUUUAAGGAGUCAUGUAG